CGGAGUUUUGCAAGUAUCUGAGCGCUAUAGUAGUUAUAUCUCAACAUUACUGUGGUUCUUUUGACUAACUUUUAAGCCAUUUUUUUGAGGAUCCACUUAUCUGAUAUUUACGUACAAGUUGACGUUUCGGCGGAUUUCGCCUUCCUCAGAGCCUGGAAGAGCCAAGUUGACAAUCUUUUUAGGAUUUACGGACUCUUUCUAUUGGAUCUCACAUCUGCACAAAAAAAUCGGACUCAGUCAUAUCAUUCUUGUUUUGGUGCUUGCCACCUAUUCGGCACUUGGAGCGAUCGUCUUCUAUUACCUGGAAAAACCAAAUGAAAGGAAAGUGAGCGAUUUAACGGCAACUUUUACUCAUUUUUCACUUAUGUGUACCAUCGAAGAGAUGACAAUCGACAACGCUUAUGUCAAAAUGUUAAAUGUCGAAGGUACCUAUAGAUGGUCUACAUUUUAUCGUUCCGAUGAUCCAGAGAACAAUUACAAAUGGACUUUCGCUAGCAGUUUCUUUUUCGCGAUGAACGUCUACACAACAACAGGAUACGGGUCAAUAUCACCAGAGACGGAUGCUGGAAAGUGGUUCGUAAUAGUGUACGGCUUCAUUUUCGUACCGGUCACUCUGGUCGUGAUUCGUGAUCUCGGACAAUGGCUGCUUUUAGCCAUCACUAAGAUCUAUGCAAGAAUUUUACUCAAAUACAGGCGAUGCUGUGGCGAGAAAUCGGACAAACCGAGUGAAGUCAUCCGUUUGCCAAUCGUCAUAAGUGUACUUAUCAUGAUAGGAUUUAUUGGCUUCAUGACGGUGUUCGUCUACUAUUUGGACGAGAUUUCUGGUCCACCAGGAACCGGUUUGGAUUGGUUCCAUUCAUUUUACUUCUCCUAUAUGUCAUUUACGACUAUUGGUCUUGGUGAUGUUAUGCCAAAUAAUGCUACUUUCGCACCCAUCGUGUCGAUUCUCUUCUUCCUUGGUCUUCCGAUCAUGAAGGUUGUAAAUAGAAUGACAUAUAUCAUAAUGGAGAAUGGAGCAUUCGGAAUGCUCACUGUCAUCGAGAACCGAAUCGAUAACUACUGGAAAGGGAAACAGCCGGUGAUCGCUGAAGUUCCGGCCGAAUGGGUGAGCAGCGUUACAAUUCACUCGAUUGCUACCUUCAUGAAAUCGAAUCGAGACGUCUACGGUGGAAGUUUCGGCAAAGUACAUCUUCGUACCGCUGACGUACUGUCGCCCAACGAGCAAGACACGGUACUGUCAAGAAGAUCGCAUCGUUAA